AACCUGAAUUUCCAUUACUGAUUUAAGUCAUAAAUUACACAUAUUUUUUUACUUUUCCAUGAUAUGUUAAACUUUAGGAAAUUUUUUAUUAAGAUAUAUUCUUUUUGAUUUUGUGUAGUCGUUCUAUCCAUUUUCAUUUCGGAAGUGAAUUUAAUGUUAAGCUGUCUUUUUCGAUUCAAUUUCUGCCAAAAAAAAUGGCCAAUGCUAUCUGAAGAGGAAAUAUGCAAGCACAACAACCGCUCAUCAUUAUGGAUAGUUUCAGGGAAUUCUGUAUACGAUGUGACAGCCUUUUUGAAUUCCCAUCCUGGAGGGGAUGCCAUCAUUCUCCGCUGCGGCGGAGGAAGUAAAAAUUGUGCAGAGGAUUUCGCAUUACAUAGUCAAUUUGCACAAAGACAAUGGGAGCUACUAAAGAUAGGAGAAAUUUCGGGGUAA